AUGGAAAAGCUCCUCAAGCGACCUGAGAAGCUCCGAGGAGACCCAGAAAAGCGUAACAAGGAUAAGUAUUGUCAUUUUCAUCACGAUCAUGGCCAUAAUACGACGAAUUGCUGGGAGCUGAAGCGCCAAAUUGAAGACCUCAUUCAAGAUGGCUAUUUCAAAAAGUUCGUAGGAAAGCCGAGGACAAACUCGGUGGAGAAGACAGAAGAGAGGAAGCGUUCAAGGACGCCUCCUCGUCGAGAUGACCGACCUGCGGUCAUCAACACAAUAUUCGGGGGUCCUAGUGGGGGCCAGUUUGGAAACAAAAGAAAAGAACUAGCUCGCGAAGCCAGGCGCGAGGUAUGCAUCAUUAGGAAGCAGAAACCUACUUGCUCCAUUACCUUCGGCGAUACCGACCUGGAGGAAGUUCAUUUGCCACAUAAUGAUGCACCUGUGGUCACUCCUCUCAUUGAUCACGUCUUGGUCCGAAGAGUACUGGUAGAUGGAGGCGCAUCUGCCAACAUCCUAUCCCUCCCAACAUAUCUAGCAUUGGGGUGGACCAGGUCAUAA